UCAAUUCCAAUUAUUUCCUUUCCGUUUUGAUUAGUAUAUGUUUUUCAGCGCAUAAUUUCCAACUACAUAAAUCCAGUUUGAUGGCAGCAAAGAGCCAAAAUAAACUAGUAUGCGAUCUCAUCACAUAAUUUAAUCAUCCUCCAACUUAUGGUGAUUAGGAAUAUCGUAAAAACAAAUAUGAAGUUUGAAGGAAACAAACAGGAAAAAGAAGACUGGUGAUUAAAGAAAUGGCACAACAGCAACAGCUCAUUUCCUUCCAUUCUUUCUACCCAUUGCGCCGAAAACAAAAGCCCAUCCAUUUUCCUUGCUGUUUUUUGCUUCCCUUGUACUUCACUUCUUGUUUAUAAAUGCUGUGGAUCAUAAACAACUUAAAAGCAGAUCCUUCCUGCCUGCUGCCUAAAUGAAUUAAUUCCCAAGCUAAUUGCUGCUGCUGCUGCUGCAGGUGGCAGGUAGCUGGUAUGGAAAUGUAAUCGGGGGAAGUUGAGUAGUCUAAUACUUAAAAUCAAAUAUUGAUUAUGAUUUAGUUUGUUGUGAUUCAUGCCCUGAUAAUGAAACCCCAACCAUGCUUUAGACCAUUUCUCUUGAUCAAAACCUUGAUUUGAUGCCUAAUUCCACCAUUAGCUCUCCCUCUAACAGCAUACUGAAUUUCAUUAAAUAUAAUACAAAAUAUUAAUUAUUAUUAUUAUAUGAUGAAAGGACGGCCUGAUGCAUGUAUUUGUGGCCGUUGCUUGUCAUUUCGUUUCAUAAUUAAUCAGAUACGCAUGCCAUUGAUUAUGGUCAAGCUUUUCCCUGUAUGAAUUCAGAUAAAGGUGGCUUUCACGAUCUGUAGCUAAGAACCCCACAGAUUAGCUUCAUCAGCUAUAUAUGUAUUCACACCGGUACCAAGUACCAACCGUUCUGUAUUACAGAAGAAAGGGAAAUAAUAUUAAAAAAAUGAGGAGACUAUUGAGUUCUGUCCUUGUUCCUAAUUCUCCGCACAACAACUUGUUUGUCUGGAAUUUAACUAUAGAAAAUUACUAGACCGACCACCAACAAGCUAGCUACCACCACCUGGAGAUAUGUGGAUUUACCAAUGUUGGUUGAUCACAUGUAUUACGAUCACACAUAUUUCGAUGAUGUGUUUUUUAUUUUGAAUUUUUUCUUUUUCGAGUUUUCCGCCUGCUCGAUUAAAAUCCAAAUGAUCAUGUGUGUUCGGAUCGCGUGUAUUUUGGCGAUGUGAUUUCCAAUCUCUGUGAGUUUUCCGGCUAUUCAACUAAAGGUCGACGAAUCAAAGCGUAGUUUUCAAUCACGUGUAUUUCGGUGUGAUGCGUGUUCUAUUCUUGAAUCCUUAUUGAUUGAACAAUCUUUGUGAGCCUUACAACUAUUCAAAUAAAUAUUUUGUUUUGGCAAUAAAGUCAUAUUUUCAAUAUGAAACCUAAUUGGCAAUCGAAUCCAAUUUACUCACGCAUAGCGUAGAACUAUUGUAUUCAAAUGGGAGUUUGACUCAUUUUAGCUUUAACUUAGAUCUUAUAUUGGACUGAAAUUGAAUUGAUUUUAGGUUACAUUGUUUCGUUUACCAAUUCACAUGAAUAAAAAUUGUCUUGUGCGGGGCUUUUGUUUUCUUUUUACCAUAUGACUUCGUAUUUUCUUUAUAAAACAAGAAUUGAACACUAAACAAUAUAAGAUCAAAUAAAUUUUGUGCUUGAUUAGUGUAGGGCUGUCCGCUGCCAAGGGUAAGGGUGGGCGCAGUCCAUACCAUGUGCAGGCUACCAAAUUUAUUGAUAAUUAUGGAUGUAUGGAUGGAUCACAUAAAAAUAAUUGCAGAGAUUAUUAGAAGAUCUGCUGCGUCUGACAAAUGACACUACCUGCUGUAAUCGGCCCAAAAUAAUGCUUAUCUUCUCAUAAAUAUCUACUGAUCAAUUUCAACACUAAUGUUUUCCUUUUAUUUUGCUGUUGUUUGUCAGUGUUAUUGGGAAGGAUGUUGGGCACAGGCGGGUCAUAGUCCAACUUGACCAAAGCUAUGCAAGUACAGCUGCGUUUCUGCGCCAACAGGAACAACACUAGGGAUAGCAACAAAACCCGAACCCACGGGUACUCACCCGACUCAACUCGGUCAACGCGGAUAAAAUCCAUGUUGACGGGUUUUGGGCCCGGUUCGGGUUUAAACCCGCUACACUAUUCACCGGGUCGAGUUGGGUUUGGGUUUAGAUAAACCCGCCCCAUUGGUAUCCGCCCACACACAUAUAAUUACUUUCCUGGUAUAUUUAAUAUUCUAAAUAAUAUAUCUUCCUUAAACAACUGAUAUUCUUUAUGUUUGUGGAGACAUGUAUAAUUUGUUUUUUCUAAUUGUUUAGAAUGAAGUUGAUAUUAUGAAAUGGAGAGUGAAGAAACUUAGUUGACGAGGAAGAAGCUUUCAAUUAAUCUUAUUGUUUAUAGAUGUUUAUCUUUAAUUUUGAACAAUUUGCAUUUGAUCAUUUGCGGUUUGCCCGUAUGCUCUAGAUUGGUGUUUUUUGUAUGAAUAAUUUGUAUGAGAACAUUGAUGUUAAACUUUUAUUUUGAAAGAAACUUGUUAUUGUAAAUUUUUUACCACAAAAACCCACGGGUACCCAUGAACCCGCAGAUACCCAACGGGUUGGGUUUUCAAACCCAGCGGGUUUUACCCCGAGUUUUUUUGGCGGAUAAACCCAUGGGUUUGGGUUUGACAAAACCUGCUCCAACUCGACCCAUUGCCAUCCCUAAACAACACUCAUCAGCAGGGCCGGCCCACGAUAUUCGGAGGCACUGUUCGAAAAUUUAAAAUUUGACCCUAAAAUUUAAUAUAAGACUUCAACAACUUUAAUUUCGAAAAGCUUCUUCAUGCUAUACCAACAGUCACAGGAAUAGUUAAUAAGAUUCUAUAAAAUAUGCUUGCAUUAGAAAAACAAUCAAAAAGUUUUAAAAAUAUUAAAAUUUAAAAAAAAAUUAUAUAAAUACGUUGAAUAAUUCCAAAAAAAAAAAAAUUAGCUUUACCACAAGAAUUAGCCAUAUCACAUAAUGUCAAACUGUUUGUGCCCAAACAAUUCGCCUUACUGGUCACACCUUAGGCUCCUUACCUUGGAGCCUGAUCUUCUGAGCGCCCGAUUCCUACUUAACAACCUGUAGGCGCCUCACCUUGAAGCCUGCUCCUUGGGGCGCCUUGGUCCUGCUAGCCAAUCCUUAGGCGCCUGACCUACACACACGCACUUGGAGCUUGAUCUUCUGAGCGCCCGAUUCCUACUUAACGCCCUGUAGGCGCCUCACCUUGAAGCCCGCUCCUUGGGGCGCCUUGGUCCUACUAGCCAAUUCUUAGGCGCCUGACCUACACACGCACUUGAAGCCCGCUCCUAAGUGCGCCUUAGUCCUGCUAGUCAAUCCUUAGGCGCCUGACCUAAUACACACACUGAGGGGGGCGCAUGGGCCCAUUAAUCCUCCGACGCCCAAGUUAGUUCCAAUUAUAGAGAGAGAAGUAUGAAACUAUAAGUUUUAGUGAGAGAGUCCAACCUGUGUAAAUGCUACCAACUGCCCCUAUUUAUACUCACUGAGCUCGAGGUGGAUCUCCUCCAUGUCACCAUCUCAUUAAAUGCUUUGUACCUUCACUUCUGUCAGAAGCCCCAACCACCUUGUCAGACUUCUGUCGGCUGGCAGGCGCCCACAGGCGGGGGACCACUUGCCAGCCUGGACCUCUUUGACCCUUAGUGCUUUGUCUCCAUGCCUAUGCUGCCUGGAGUGCAAUGGGCUUUGCGGGCUUCUUCUCCUGGCCCAUUGCCUUGGGCUACUUUCACCUGAAUGGGAUCUUCUUGUGCCCCUUUAGUGAUGCCCCCAACAAUUCCGGGCUUCUUCUCCUGGCUCAUUGCCUUGGGCUACCUUCACCUAAACGGGCUCUUCUUGGGCCCCUUUAGUAAUACCCCCAACACAAACUAUUUAUUAUUGAUUUAGUUAUUUUUUUCAUUUAUACUAUUGUUGGCUUGUACCUAACUAUUUUGGUUAACGUUUAAUAAAUCAAUGUGAAUUAUUUAAUUAAUUUAGAAUUACUUCCUUGGUAGUACAAGCAAAUUUAAUUGCCAAAAUUGAAUUAUUUUCCCCCUUGGAAAGCUGAAAAUGAACAAAGUUAAAACAAUAAAUUUAAUAAUGAUAAUAAUGAGGUAUCAUCAAUUACCUCUUUUGUUCUAUUUUGGAAACAAACGACAAAGAAUAAGAUAUGUUAUAUGGUUUGAAAUUUUUUUUAAAAGAAAACAAGUAUUCGCCUUAUGUGAUUCGUUAGUUCCUUUAACCUUCGACUUAAAUGUUUUAUUAUUGUAUUAGACCCAUAAUCAAAAUCCAAUUCAUAAAUUUUCUAUCAUUUUAAAUUUAUAAUCAAAAUCUAAUAAUCCGUAAUAGUAAUUAGUCAUAUACAUAAUGAAAGUCCGGAGGCCCCCAAAAUUUGGAGGCCAUGUGCCGAAGGACCGGCUGGCACACCCUUUGGGCCGGCCCUGCUCAUCAGCAUGGGACAGUUAACUUAUCCAUCAUUUCCUUGACUUGCAAGCAUGCUCUAUGAAACCGUAUUGUAUCGGCAGUUCAACUACAAAAUAUUAGUAUCAGAGAAUAAAUUGGUAGGCGGUCAACAGUACUACCAAUUGAACUACGAUUAAAUUAUGUUUUUGUCAUAAAAUACGCUAUUGCUGUCUUUUCAGGUAUGAUUUCAUGAACCAUGCUUGCAAGAGAAAGCGAGAUGGCAUUGUGGAUCAUAUUAGUAACAAGUAUAUUAAUUAUCGGGAAAAAUUAUAUGUUUAUUUAACUGAUUCAUUGUGAUUUUGCUUUAAUUAGAUGGACACACAUAGGGAUAGGUUUCUGAUCCCUGUACCUUUUUCCUGUGUGAAACAAGACAAAUUUCUUUGCAUGAUUGUAAAUUCGUAUUAGAGAGGUUGUACCAAAAAAUUUAAUGAUAGAGUAUUUUAUGAUAAAAUUGUGGUUUAACU